AUUUCAUGCAAAAUGAGUGCAAAGAUUGACCAGAAAGAGUAUCUGAAGAAGUAUCUAUCCAACGACGUGGGUAAGGAGAAGAAGAAAAAGAAAAAGAAGCGCCCCAUUACGGGGCAGAGCGUUACUAUUAUCGAUGAUGACGUGGAUGUGUCGAAAAUUCAGCAUCUUCACGACGAUGAACUCGAAGUGCUGAACACUGGUGAGGAUGCCCCGCAGGUGGUGGGUGUAAUUGAUGAGCGUCCACCGGAACUGAGAGCGCAAGAUUUCAAGAAUAGCUCAAAGUGGAAGUUGAUUGCUGAUGACAAUGGAUUUGAGUCCUCCCUCACGGUACAAGAAUUGGAUAGAAAAUCCGGGCGAAUUGAGAAGUCAAGCAAAGGGAAACGCGAAUACAGGUCCAGGUCGAAGAAGGACAACAGUAGUCCGGAUCUUUCACCUGUGAGACACAGAAGGAAGUCGGGUUCCCAAUCUCCCCCACGGCGCAGGAAGAGUUCGGAUUUAUCUCCUAAGCGCAAGAGAAGCCCAGAUUUAUCCCCGAGACGCAGAAGGCGCUCAAGUUCAACUCCUCAUCGUAGGAAUAGUUCAGAUUUAUCCCCGGAACGCAGGAAGAGCCGAAAUUCAAAGAGAAGGAAAAGCUCCAGUUCCUCUGCAAGAAGUUCCAGUUCUUCUCCCAGACGCAGAAGCCGAGAUCUAUCGCCUAAACGCAAAAUGUUGGCAAAGACUUAUAGACGUCGAAGCCCAGAGUCCCCACCAAGGCGCAAGAUGAAUUCCGAAUCUCCCAUGAGACACAGAAGGAGUCCAGAUUCACCACCAAGGCGCAAGAGGAGUCCAGUAUCCCCACCAAGACGCAAAAAGAGUCCAUAUUCCCGCAAGAGGAGUCCAGAUUUCCAGCCAAAGCGCAAGAGGAGUCCUGAAUCUCCUCCGAGACGUCGCAGAAGCCCAGAUUCACCACCAAGACGUAGAAGAAGCCCAGAUACUCCCCCGAGACGCAGAAAGAGUCCAGAUUUUUCCUCCAGGCGCGGAAAUAGUCCAGGUUCUCCCCCUCGACGACGUAGAAGCCCAGAAUACUCUAAUUCUGACUUAUCUCCGAAACGUCACGGAAGAGGGUAUGAAGCGUCCUACCAGGGAGACAAAAGUAAUUCUUUUUAUGCGUCAUACCGCAACAGGACACCACAAGAAUCGUUUAGAAACAGAGAAAGAUCAAAUUCACCGCGUUGGCAGCAAGAUAGAAAUAGAGGUUUCCAGUAUUCGUCAAACAGGGGCAGGGACUCAUACGGCAGGGGAGGUCGUGGAGGCCGAGGUGGUCGAGGAAGAGAUUUUGAGUACAGACAGGAUCAGUCACAGAGGGGGGACUUCUUCAGGGGAAAUCAGGCGGCAUUCGAUAGAAGAAAUGAGUCAAGAAUGGGAAAUCGAGGAAAUCGAAAUGCCCAGGAGUGGUCUCCGCGGAAACAUACUCAGAAUGCAGGAAUUUCUCCUACAAAGAGGCGAUUCAGUCCAGAAACUUCACCUGGGCCAUCAUUUGAGAAGCAUCGCAAUCAGGGAGGACAUUUCAGUAAGUCCCGAACUGAUUCCUCGCCCAAAAAGCGCGGAACAACCCCUGAUUGGGAUGACUGUCCUCCACCAUCGGGAAAUGCAGAAAAGGAACGAAAGCCCAGAACUCCCGACAGUUCUCCUGAGCGAAGUAAAAUGCAAAAGACUCUUGAGGGAAAGACAGCUGGAUUGCAGGAUGCAAAAUCACUGAGGGUGGAAAGUGAUAAGAUACGGAAACGUGAUGCUGAGGCAUUUAAUCAAAUGAGUGAUGAGGUAUCUGGGAGGAAUGCAUCAAUGGUGAUGCGUGACAAGAGAACAGGCAGGAUUAGGGAUCUUGAUCGAGAAGCAGAGAAGGAGCGUGAGAAAGAUCAGAAGGAGCAGGAGAAGAAGGCGGUGUAUGAUCGCUGGGGAAAGGGUUUGAAGCAAGUUGAGGAUUUUCAGCAGAAGAUGGAUGAAGAGAUCCAUGAGAUGAGUAAACCCGUGGCACGAUAUUCAGACGACAAGGACUUGGACAACUACCUGAAGCAACAGGAGCGCGAAGGGGAUCCAAUGCUUGAGUACAUACGACAGAAGGAGCGUGAGAAGCAAAAGGACAGCAAGACGGCCACCAUGCCAACAUACAGAGGCCCAUAUCAAGAUAAUCGAUUCAAUAUCCGACCAGGGUAUCGUUGGGAUGGCGUGGAUAGAUCCAAUGGGUACGAGAAGAAAUGGUUUGAUGUGCAGAAUAAAAAGAAAGCUCUUCAGGAGGAGGCGUAUCGCUACAGCACCGAAGAUCUCUAAUUAAAAUAAAAAAAACAAUACUUUAUGCAAAAAAGAAUUUAGUGUGAAGGACACACAGCAAAAUGGAAAUAAAUUAAAAUAAAAUUGAGAUUUUAGAGCUGA